AUGUACUUUAAAUAUCACACUUUCAUUAAAGACUUUGAAUUAAACCGAUUACAAAGAGCGAUGAGACUUUGGGCUACGGAGAAUUUGGCUGGUAAAAAAGAAAAGAACGAUGAAUCUUCAACAAAGAGAAGAAUCAUUAGCAAAAAAGUUAAUAGGAUUAACCAUCACAUUGGAAAUCUCCUUUUCAACAAAGGAGGUCAAUACG